AUGCCGCACGCAUGGCACCCGCGUUCACACCUUCCUGAACCAAGACGCGGCGAAACCGUUGGUGCCGUCAUCGCACGCCGCGCUAUACCUCAGGCAAUGAAUUUACCUUUGUUAGACUAUAUUGAUGAAUGCAAGUCCUCACCUUGUCACAAACAUGCAACUUGCAUCAACGUAAUAGGAUCCUACCAGUGUAACUGCUACACAGGGUUUCAGGCAUUACCUGUGACAGGGAACCUCAUGGCAGGGAAAGUUUGUGAAGAUAUAGACGAGUGUGAAUCCUCUCCGUGUCACCAACUUGCAACUUGCAACAACACACUGGGUUCCUACCAGUGCAACUGUGUUGCAGGGUAUCAGGGAUCUACUACGACUCUCAACCUCACUGCAGGGAAGGUUUGUGAAGAUGUGGAUGAAUGCCAGGAUAAAAAUGCGUGCGGAGUGAACACGACCUGUCGCAACUCCUUUGGGUCUUUUUACUGCACCUGCAAAGUGGGAUAUCACCAGAAACAGGGAGACACUCAGCUGGCCUGUACAGUGGAUCCACUUUACUGUCCUGUCUCUGAGAAGCAGAACUCUACACUGUUGCAGUGCAACUUGAAUUAUUCAGCAAACGCCCAGCAGUUAAACUCUGCAGAAGACGUGCUGAAGUUAGCUGAUUGCUACCAUGAUAAAAUCUGUCAGAAUUUCAGUGGGACAAAGGAUACCAAGGAUUUGAUGACGUUUGUAAACAAUGUUCUUAAUAGUUCGCGGCUGGAUAGCAUGGACACCACUCAAAGGCUGGAGGUGGCAACGGCCACAGUGGACCUCUUGGACAACAUGGCAAUGGUGAUUGCUCUUAAACUACCCAGUUCAAAGGCAGAGACCAUAGAAACAAAUUCUUUUGUUCUUCAGGUGAAGGUGCCUGAAAGGAACACUGCGAGUGAAGACCAACUGGUGAAAUUGGAAACUCAGAAUAAUUCCUUCGAGAUUUACUGGAGAACCAUUGCUGGAGAGAAUAACACUGAGUUUCAGGCCGUUUCCUUAAUUGUAUUCAAAGACUUGGAAUCCCUGCUGAAUCAAGAGAUUAAGGGUGGCCGUCCAUCUCAGAACAAUGUCUCAUUAAACUCAAAGGUGAUAGCUGUCACCAUCAGCAACAAAGCUGUCAGCUCUAAUCGGAAGGAAAAGUUCAAUUUGACUCUGCAACUCAACCAGGAAAAGGAAGUCAGUGAAGAGCCAGAAUGUGUCUAUUUGAGUAAUACCAAAGAGAACAGUGUCUGGUUAUCUGAUGGUUGUGAACAGAUCGAUUCCAAUCAGACCCAUGUAACUUGCCAAUGUAACCAUCUGACCAGCUUUGCUAUUUUAAUGACUCCAGUUAAGAUUGAGACUGAUGACAGGCACUUGGAGGUGAUCACCUACAUCGGCCUCAUCAUCUCCCUUUUCUGCCUCGCUGCCUCCAUCGCCGUAUUUGUCAACUGCAAAUCCAUCCAGAAUGCUCACACCAAUCUCCACAAGCACCUGAGUAUCACCCUCUUCCUGGCACAGUUCAUCUUUCCGAUCGGAAUGCGGAUUAAACAGCUGGUUGUGUGCGCCCUGAUUGCUGGGUGUCUGCAUUACCUCUUCCUUGCCGUCUUCGUCUGGAUGUUCCUGGACAGUCUGCAGCUUUUCAUCAUGUCCAGAAACCUGACAGUCACCAAUUACACUCGCACACAUAUCAUCAAACGAAGAUACCUGUAUGUUUCUGCUUAUGCUGUUCCUGCUGUGAUAGUCAUUAUCACAGCGGCAAUAUACCCCAGAGGCUAUGGAACAGAAACCGCCUGUUGGCUGAAGCACGAGUUGGGGUUUAACUGGAGUUUCCAGGGCCCGGUCUGUUUCAUGAUUCUGGUCAAUACAGUCCUUUUAUUUGCGACUCUCUACUUACUGAGAUGCCAUUUCAACUCGCGCAACAAGGAGGUGUCGAAGCUGAAGGAAACCAAAUCCCUAACCAUUAAGGCUGCAGCACGGAUGUUUGUUUUGGGAUGCACAUGGAUCUUUGGAAUAUUUCAACUUGAUAAGAACACUGCAGUGUUAUCCUACUUAUUCACGGUCAUCAACAGUCUCCAGGGUCUGUUCGUUUUCCUUAUUUACUGCGUUUUCAAUCACUGGGUGGUUGAUGAAUUUCGGAAAUGGUUGACCAGUAAACAGAAGAGCAUCACCACAGAGUCCUCACAGAUAGAGAUGAACACGACUGAGGAACUGAGUAUUCCACCACUAGGCAGAUAUUCUGGUGAUCCCGAUGGUUGCAGGAAUUUUAUUACUCAAUGCGAGCUGACAUUUCAAGCCCAGCCUGGUCGUUUUGGUGAUGAUGCGCGAAAAUUGGCGUACAUGGUCAAUCUUCUUGACGGACCUCCACUCAGCCCGUUCAACGCUUUACGGGAGCAAGGAUACCCCGCAACCCAGUCGUUCCGAUAUAUCGUGGCGGAGUUAAGGAGGGUUUUUGAUCUUCCAGAACGGGGUCAAGAGGCCAAGGCAAAGGAACGGUGA